GCACAUCGUUCUCCUCCUCUUCACUCUACAAAAUGUCUAGAUCUUAUGACAGAGCGCUCACCGUCUUCUCCCCCGAUGGACACUUGUUCCAGGUAGAAUACGCCGCCGAAGCCGUGCGCAAGGGUACAUGUGCCGUCGGCGUAAGAGGGAAAGACGUCGUCGUCCUCGGCGUGGAGAAGAAGUCGGUGCUCCAACUGCAAGACCCGCGUACAGUGCGCAAAGUCGUCAUGCUGGACGACCAUGUCUGCCUCGCUUUUGCCGGGCUGACAGCAGACGGGAGAGUCCUGAUCGACAAAGCGAGGAUAGAGUGUCAGAGCCAUAGGCUGACGGUGGAAGACCCCGUCAGUAUCGAGUAUAUCACGCGGCACAUCGCGGGUAUACAGCAGCGUUACACACAGUCGGGCGGUGUGCGCCCGUUUGGUAUCUCCACGCUUAUCGUCGGAUUCGACCCUCAGGGCGCGCAGCCCAAGCUGUACAUGACUGAGCCUUCUGGUAUCUACAGCGCUUGGAAGGCGAACGCAAUUGGCCGAUCGAGCAAGACUGUGCGGGAGUUCCUAGAGAAGAAUCAUAAGGACGACAUGAGCCGUGACGAGACUAUCAAGCUGACCAUCAAAAGUCUGCUAGAAGUCGUCCAGACAGGAGCGAAGAACAUCGAGAUAAGCGUCAUGGAGGGGUUUAACAAGAUCAGCAGCUUGGACCUGGCACAGAUCGAGGCAAUCGUUGCAGAGAUCGAGAGGGAGAAAGAACAGGAAGCGGAGAGGAAGAGGACGAGGUUGGCGGCUACGGCUGCUAGUCAGGCGGCGAUGUCUGCUGCUGCUUCGGGGCCGGAGGUACCACCACCUGAGGCGUGAUGUAUGAUGUUAUCAAUGG